AUGAAUAGAAAAUGCAGCUCAGUGUGUUCAGGAGAUGACUUCCUGGAAAAAUGUGCUGUGAACAAUGAGGAAGAUAGAGAACCAAGCUUCGGCUCUGUGCCGAGGCACCAACACACCUCAGAUCCUCUCUCCAACGGAUCACUGACCUCCGCGUUCACGUUCCUGUCUCCUGGAACCACGUCUCUGGUAAGCCAGAAGGCACGCCAUGGCAACGCGGAGACCACUGCAGAUUACAGCGAUGGCCUGAGUGAAAGGCAGGAUACUAAAGCCUCGAGGCCCCCCACCUCCAUGCUAGUUCCUGAGGCUCUCCAGAGCCUUGAGAUCCCAAACGAUCCGCAGGGUGCCAAGGGUCCCCAGGCUGCCCAGGAACCUAAUGACAUGGAGGUUCUCAUUGAAGAGCAGUCCCAACGUUUGGGGGCUCUCAGGGUCCACGACCCUCUAGAAGACAGGUCGGUUGCUUUGGUGAAUUUCAUGCACAUGAAAAGUCAAAGCGAGGGCUCUAUCCAGCACAUGCUGGAGUUUCUCAAAGAAUACUCAGAUCAGUUCCCCGAGAUCCUCAGACGAGCCUCAGCUCACCUGAAUCGGGUCUUUGGCUUGAGUCUGAGAGUUCUUGAUCCUCAGACUGACACUUCCAACCUAAUCGGCACACCUGGUCCCCAGACCACCGAAAGGCUAGCAGAGACCCUGGACACAAUUACAAAACGCUCAACAAAAUCAUUUGCCUUAUCAUUCAUAGCGUCCUCUGACCAGAACUCUAAGCCAGCAGCCAUCUUUGUGAUUUCUGUUGUUGAUCCUCUGAGGCUCCCAUCACAUCUACCUUUUAACAGCAGGUCCCCAAUGGAGGCCUCUCUUCCCCUGUUGCCAUUCAAGAGGACAGAAUAUGGCACUAAUCCCCUCGAAUGUGAUACCUUUAUCUCUAGAGCCCACACAGUAGUCACAAAGAUGGAAGCCCUGACGUCUGUAGCAGAGGCCCAUGACGAAGAACCCUGGAGCUGGCCAGAAGAAGAGAACAAGGCCCUGGAAGCUGACAAAGCUAAAGAGAGAAGCCAGGCUGCUGGCUUAGAGUUCUGGUCGGAGGACACUAUGAAUGAUAAAGCAAAUGAUUUGGUGCAUUUGGCCAUGAAUGUCACCGAGGAGCUGCUGCCUAUACAUCAGGAUGAGCUACUGGCUCACACUGGCAAAGAAUUCGAGGAUGCGUUCCCAAAUAUCCUCAGCCGGGCCACUCUAAUCCUUGAUCUGUUUUACAGGUUCUCUCGGAUCGAGGUUGAUACCAGUGAGCACAUCUACCUCCUUGUCCAACAACCAGAAUCAGAAGAAGAAAAAGUAACGCUAGAGAGCCUGGGCAGACCCACCCAAGAAUAUGUGAUGCCGAUACUGGGUUUGCUCUUCCUGAUGGGCAACCGUGUCAAGGAGGCCAACAUCUGGAACUUACUCCUGGAAUGCAGCCUUAUUUAUAAUAGCCAGAAGCUGGAAACAGCCCAGAUGCCCCUCAGUAAAUGGUGGGAUCUGGAAAAGAUCAUCUCUUCCUCUAAUCCAGUUGAAUAUGAGCUGCUUUGGGGUCCUCAGGCCCACCUUGAAAACAGCAAAAUGAAAGCCUUGGAAUACAUGGCUAGGCUCUAUAGAAAGCGGCCACAGGACUGGCCAGAGCAAUACAGGGAGGCAGUAGAAGAUAAGGAGGCCAGGGCCAGAUCUGAGGCAACUACUAUGUUCUUUUUUGGUUCCAUGUGA